ACAUGUGCACUUUAGAAGUGUGCCAACAGCGAGUACAACCUUGAAGUUUGAAGGGAAAACGUCUGUGAUGUCCACAGUGUUAUCAGACGUUCUGAUGCAUGCUCUUGAAGAACCUCACAUCUUGUUCACCUUUCCUUCUAAAACCAAGAGAUCUGAUGCUCAUAAUAAAUGGAGGCAACUUAUUAAUCGUGCCAGCCCAAAAAAUCCAGCAAAGUUGAUGACAGUUACACUCAAACAACGAGUUUGUUCCAAACAUUCUGUUGGUGGGGAACCAUCAUAUGAGCAUCCUUUUAUCCAACUGUAUGUCUUGCUUAUGAAUCAGAUUCAAGGACUGAGAAGUUUGUAUCCUCUGCAACACGUCAACAAAAGUUGUCAUAUUCAACAUCGUCAUCAAAAAAAGCAAACAUCUAAAACAAAGAAAGUGGAUCCCAAUAUUGAAAGUCCUUGUGUCAGUAGCAUCAUAGCAUCAAACGGUGACAUUAAUAUUGAUAUUUAAUGUUCUGAUACUAGCAUUGAAUCUUGUAUUUUUUCACCAUUUUACCACAG